GACUGUCUAGACUAAAAUUGAACGUUAAUGAUAUUCAUAACUUACAGAUACAAGAUAAUGAGAUUCAUUGGCUUAAUUAUCCUAAUUAGCUUCGACACAAACAGAGAAGCUACGCCCGAAAAGAGACCUGGAUCAAGGUUUUACACAGUGUAUCAUGAUGCAGUCACCCUCGGGCUCCAGGAAGCCUCCUAACAACGGCUAUGCUCCUCUGGGUGAGGACAGUGCCCUACCAAAGUCUAAAUCUAAACCACUACUCUCGAAAACCACCUCGACUCCUGGGCUACCCCCGCCACCACCUCCAAAACCACGAUCCAACUCCACCAGUACCGACCUCCCACCGCCCUCGUUCUUCACGGCAGGGGGAGGGGCCUCCUUCGGUUAUUCCCUGUCGUCAAUGCAUAAGUCCAAACGGUCGGAACACCACGCUGACGACAAUGAACACGACGCUACUCCCAUCGAUAUCAAUCAUUCACCAUUCUCAAAGAAGUCUCGUUCUCUCCAUGGCAGCAGACCAAAGUUCAAGCCCAGUGAAUCCUCCAGACCACACUUAGCCGGAUUACCCGCAAAAUUUCGUGCCGCUUUCGAAGAAAGAAAGAAAAAAAAUUUGCCCUCAACAAUGUCAAGUUUAUCCGAUGAGAACUUACCUGAUAUAGGAGAGGACCUCUCACACAUCGAGCGAAGGCCACCCUCUCUGGUCGAUAUGGAUCUGAAAAUACCAGGCUUUUUCACAGACAGCUACGAAGAUACAUCUCGUUCCCAGCGUAGUUUAUCUGCAGAGAAAUCUAGUCUCAAGUCUACCACUUCUGAGGAGCUGUCUGGCGCACAUUCCCCUGGAAGUGUCAGCCCUCAACUGAGUAUUACUAUGUCGGCCUGUCUACAACUACCCGUAACCUUCGCACAACCACCUCCGAGGGAAAUGGACUAUUGUGAGAAAGACAACUCCAGACACAUGUUUGAACGUCUGAGCAAGCUUCGUCGUGAGGGACAUCUUUGUGACAUCACAGUCAGUGCUAGUUGUGGCGAUGUAAAGGCACACAGGAUCGUAUUGGCUGCCUCUAGUACCUAUUUUGAGAGCAUGCUUAUUGGAGAGAAUGCUUUACCAGAAGGAGAGUUGCUUUAUAUUGAAGAAAUUGAUGAAGGAACUCUUCCGUUGCUUGUCGACUUUGCCUACACUUCACGAAUUAAGAUCACCGACCGAAACAUUUACUCCAUUUUUGAAGCCGCGGAUGUGCUAGGCUUUUCUGGUGUGAAGGGUGCUUGCUGUAAGUUUCUCAAGCUUCAGAUGAACAAGUCUAAUUGCAUCGGCACGUGGUUGUUUGGUGAAGACCAGAACAGUGCUGAGCUGAUGGAAGCCACACUGCAUUACAUCGAGAGCAACUUCCUGGACAUAGCUCGUGGGAGAGAGUUUCUGACACUGGACAGACCGGAAGUGGUGGCUAAGAUCGUGGAGUUGGAGGAGAUUGCUAUUACCUCAGAGGAGCAAGUGUACGAGGCUGUACUGGGAUGGGUGACCUAUGACCUCGAGUGGCGGAGAUGCCACGCCUCUCAAGUGUUUGCAAAGGUGCGAUUUCCGAGCAUGUCACGAGAUUUUCUCCUCCAUAUUGUGGACCAUGAGCCACUGAUUAAGGAAGACCCGGAUCUAUUGCAGCAACUUAUAGACGCUCUGGAAUGUCAUGUGACUAGUGCAAGAUCUACUCUGAGAAAGAAAUUGAAAAAGAAAGGCUCUCAACUCUCAGGGCUUGAACCUCGCCAUGCCUCCACAGCAGUAGAGAUGGUGACCGUGGAGACGGAGGGCAAGCCACUGGGAGUGUUAGUGAUGGGAGGGGCUGACAGACCUAACGCAGUCUUCAGACAAGGAGACAAGCCCGGAGUGUUUGUGGCUGAGAUACGACCUGAGGGAGCAGCUCACAAGAGUGGGAGACUACGAGUGGGGGACAGAAUUCUCACAGUGAACUCGGAGGACGUUGGUAAUGCUAAACAUGAUCAUGUGAUCAACCUGCUCAAGACCAGCCCCUCCCCCCUCUCACUACUGGUACGACACGAAGCCCCUCCCCCUGGUCUCGUGUGGCUAACUCUGGUGACAAAGCCAGGGGAAGGGUUUGGAUUCUCUGUGAGGGGCGGGGUCAACUCUCUGCAGGGGAAUCCCCUCGAUGACACAGACGAGGGCGUUUUCAUAUCACAGAUUGUAGCGGGUGGGGCAGCAGAGUUGGAGCCACGCCUCUCAGUGGGUACCCGUAUCCUCCAGGUCAACUCUCAGAGCCUUCUCGGGAAGACUCACGAAGAAGCCCUACUAAUACUGCACAGUGUCGUUGAUCGAGUCAACCUACUGUGUUGUCACGGUUAUGACCCAAAACUAAUCGAUGAAAAAAACAGUGACAGAAAUAAUACUGCUUCAUAAUAAUCGUUCAUAAUUCACUCUCUCGCACCUUUUUAUAUUUCCUAUAUAUAGCUAUGACAAAUUUGUGUGUGUUGUCUCAAUAUUUUGCAAAAGAACUUCAUAUUCAAAA